AUGAAUGCCUACAUGCACGCACUGCGGCUACGUGUGCGAGAUGCAGCUCAUUCGUGCUGGACGGCAGCAUUCCCAUCGGAUCGUCCAUCGGGUGCGUAUUCGAUCUACACGUGCAUCAUCAACGGUGGCCUGCUGGUCUGGAGCUUUGCAGUGGUGUUUUCGCGCCCGUGUGAAACUGUGGUGGUGCGGUGGGUGUACGCGGGCAUGGCACACUGCUUCAUCAACAUGAUGUUUAGUGUCGCAGUAAUGGCGCUGACGCGACGGCAAAUCGCCGUUGGCAUUCCAGAGGAAAGGUCACAGUGGCGCGUCUUCUUUUCCAACCCCAUUGUGAAGGUCUACUUGCUGUAUCUCGUGUGGGAGUUUGUGUGGAUGAUCGCGGUCGGCCAGUUUAACGGCCGCUACCCCCACACCACCUGUUCGUCACACCUGAAUGUGCAAGUUGCCUUCUUGGCGUUUUACCUACUUAUCGGGGGUUUUCUCUUCUACAGCACCUUCACCACGGAGCGGUGCCGCCGACCUCGGUGGCGGCACUUCUCAGCAAUUCGCUACAACGAUCUCUACUGCACACGCAGCCAACACUCCGUUCGCUGGAACGACGAACGCACCGCCGUCGGUGCGGACGGUGAGCCAGUGGUGUUCGACUGUGGAGCGAUGUCGCACGGUGAAGGCACAGAACGCACUACCACGUUGGACUACGCGAGCAUCAUGGAUGACUUGACGACGGUGCCCGGUGAUGGGCAGGACGACAGCAGUCGCGCGGCACCUGGGUGCAGGCAAACACGGGGGCCAGCGCUGCGUAUCUCUGCAUCCACAGGUACGCACCGUAGCGACUCCACCUCCCCACCUCUCCCCAUAGAGCAGAGCUGCUGA